AUGAGGUUUCCAGCAUUGAUCGUGGCAGUAGCUACAAAGGUUGCAUUGGCUGAAAACUGCAGUGACUGCGUUGUGCUCCCCUGGCGUUUGGCGCACACGGGAAGCACAGCCAGCACUGGGCCCGCCAUUCCGCCACGAUGCUUUCCGGACCACGAUAGCAAGAACGCACAGGAAAGUGAAGGCAAAGCUUGGCACUUUGGUUGUUUUUCCGUGACCUGUGCCCAGAAGGACGCGAAGAUACCCCUUUCCAACCGAGGCUACACUGUCAAGCUACAAAACCUGGGCAGCGGCUUCUGUGGACGGACGGAGGAUCAAAUUUUGGUUGCGGCGGAGCCGGCAUCCAACAGCAGCGCCAUGUCCAUCUGGGUGCGUUGCGCCGCCUUCGCCGAGGUGUGCGGCGAGUCCAACUCCGAGUUGGACGUGGAACAGAUCUUCUUGCUGGUGCUGAUUUGUGUCGCGACGUUGGUGGUCAUCGUGACCGGCAUCUUGAUGCUCAAGCACAAGCGCCCCAAGCGCAGUGGCUGGCGGGAACCCACGCGGCAAUGGUCACCCAGUGCCGCUGCCGCCACGCUGCGACGCGCCUCUGGGAGCUUCACAUCUUCCUUGCCGGGAGUCGCCUCCAGCUCCAUCGGACCACUGUCAAACAGAUCAGGCCCAAUUCCAAAGAUCUUAAUCUGGCCUCCCGACGCCGAAUAUUCGCCACCGGCGGUCUAUUCUCCGAAGGAGGAGCCUCGUCGAUCCACUGAGAUCAGCCUCUGA